UAAUUGUCUCUACAGUUAAGCAACAAAACAGAAAGGACAAUAUUGUUUCACACUGAAAAAUCCUAGCCUUUGUCUUUGUCUUUUGUCACCUUCAAUUAAUCUCCUUCUCUCUUCUCUCUUUUUCUCUUCACAUAUUAUUCUUACUUCCACCAUAUCCAAACACACAAGAAUAACCUGCGACCUAAGCUUUUCCUAUAAUUAUUCUUGUCACAACUCACACGUACGUACCACAAAAUUGUCUUCAUCCUUUUUCAUAUGUCGUUUUAUUUCUGAACCACAAACUCACAUAUUUUAUUUUUCUUUGUUCAAAAAAUUAUGAGAGGCAUAACAUCUUGUUACAAUGAACAUGCUAUUAGAGUAUCUGAUUUAUAUUGUUCAAGACCUUCAAAUUCAAUCAUUCCAAAACUCAAUAACCUUUCAAUUCAAAAUUCAGUUACUUGCAUAUACAAACUCAACUUUAUCUCAAUUCAACAACAAUUUCUCAUCACACUAACUUGGACCAAGAAACUCAUUGGACAAGGUUUCAUCAUAAACAUCACUUCUGAUUCUGAUUAUGUCAAUGUUUUCUCAAAAUUCAAUGGAAAUCCUCGUCUAUUAUUGAAACAGAACAAAGGUACUGAUACGUUUCAAUAUCAAAAUUUUGAAGUCAAAGUUUUAUGGGAUCUUUCUGAUGCUAAGUAUGAUGAAGGACCUGAACCGGUUAAUGGAUUUUACGUCAUGGUUUUGGUGAACUCUGAAUUGGGUUUAUUCCUCGGAGACAAAGAAGAAGAUUCGUUGGAGAACUUGGAAGAUAAGAAAAACCAUGAUGCAAAAUUCUCAAUGGUUUCAAGAAGUGAAAGAUUUUAUGGUACAAGUGUUUAUGCAACAAAGGCAAAGUUUUCUGAAACAGGAAUUUCACACGAUAUAUUGAUAAAGUGUGGAGUAGAAGAAGAAGGAUCAACAUCAAAGAGUCACAUGUUAUGUUUGUUUAUGGAUAAGAAGAUUGUGUUUAAGGUGAAGAGAUUGAAGUGGAAUUUUCGUGGCAAUCAAACAAUUUUUGUGGAUGGUUUGGUAGUGGAUAUGAUGUGGGAUUUGCAUGAUUGGAUUUUCAAUCCUAGUAAUAUUGAUUCUGUUUCUGCUGUUUUUAUGUUUAGGACAAGGAGUGGUUUGAAUAGUAGAUUAUGGUUGGAAGAGAAGAAUUUGCAGAAACAAAAGGAACAAGAUAGAAUUGGAUUCUCUUUGUUGAUAUGUGGAUGUAAGAACCCUGAUUGAUUCUAUCUUUCUGUUUAAUUUCUUGGGAGUUUGUUUGUUAAACUGGUUUUUUGAAGACUGAAACAAACUUUUUGUUUUUCAUUUGUAAUGUAAUGGGAUGCAGGCAGAUUUUAAGGUAAUUAAUUGUAAUGUAAUUACAUGUACUGUUACAAUUAACCUAUUUUUUAUUUAUUUUUAUACAAAACAGUUUUACUCUAAGUUAUGUGUAUAAAUUUAUUGA